CCUAUCUCAUUGCGUUGCACCAGUCACAUCAAUCCCUCCCCAGGGCGAGUGGGUGCCAUGGCCUCGACUGAAGAAGCCCCGCAAGCUCGUUCUCUCAGCCAAUGCUGACUAGUGCUUGAGCUGUCUGGAAUCGAAGCAAUCAGUUUCUUGGCUUCCAUCGCCUAGGUUCCGAUCAGGCGCUAUACCGGCCGAGCUGGUCCUCAUUCACCAGCCAAAAGCUGAGGCGCCUCGAUAUUUGCGAGUACUAUCGGCGAUCUGACUUCUUCCUUCGUCUUGAUCGUCGUCGCUGUCUCGCCGUCUUCUUCGUCUUCUUCGUCUUCUUGUUCUUCUUUUCUUUCCUUCGUUUUCCACGCGCUUCGUCUUCUUUCCUCAUCACCCGAAGUCGCUGGUCCAAGGCUGAUUCGCUUCGUGACGAGCCAACAUACCGACCGGCGGCACCGGCACGCCAUGAGCUGGUUCGUCCUAGAGGAGAUUAACUCCUGUCCCGCGUCGCGUGUCGGCGACGGCCGACCCGGUCCGUCCCGCGAUGCUGCCGAGGCGCAGCGCUGGCGAGCGGAAUCGAGAUCGGAGCUAAGGGACCAUGGCGAUACGCAGACGGCGCACCGGUGUCGGUCGGAGGCGAGAGGGCAGGGGAGGGAGGAGAGGGAACGACUGCAAGCACAGCGGCGGAUGGAGCCGAGAGAGCCGAGAGAGCACCGGAUGGAGCUAAGAGGGCAUCGGACGGAGUCGAGAGAAGCGAGAGAGCAGCACGUGACGCAUGGCGGGUUGCACGGCGGGUGGCAUGAGCAGCAGCAGCACGAUGUCGAGCUGUCCGACAGCCAGGGACAGGUGGACAGCGACGGUGACGUGGCAGACGACUUUAUCGAGGUGGAGCGCUGCCCGUAUCCUCGCGAUCCCCGCGAACCCUGCGACGACUCGCACUCUCCCCGUGGACGGACGCGCGACGACGGCAUCAACUGCGACCCCUGCGGCGGUGGCGGCGGCGGCGGCGGCGGCGGAGGUGGCGGUGGCAGCGGCAGGAACUGGUGGCAGGCGGAGGAAGAAGCAGCCGCCAUGCGAAGCACUCGGGGACGAGGAGAGGCGUCAGGCAGAGGGAAAGCCGAGGUGAUCGAUCUCACUGGAGUUAGCGACGACGAAGACGGAGGGAACGGGGCGUUUGAGGCAUCUGGGGCGUUUGAGGGGGCAUGGGGGGGCACGGCGCCUGCGGAGGACUUGAGCGUGGAAGUGGAGUGCAGCUUCUGCCGUGUGCUCACCCCAAUCACUCACUCCUUGGACCUCCCCCGCUGCUCCUGCCUCCUCUGCCUCUCCUGCGCCCGUGCGUCCUUCCAGCCCCAACUGCUCGAUCUGGUAACGUUGCUGGUGAAGGAGAAGCAAGCAGCAGAGAAGCAGGCGCGGGAAAACCACCCGUCGCCGGCCCGUUCCGCUAACAGCAAAGAUUUUAUGGGCUGCCCGUGCUGUGCUCAGCCAGUUCCGGCCCUCCACGUGCAAACGCUCCUGCCCGAAGAAUUCCGGCAAUGGGAGGAAGCAGCGACUUCGGCGGCCCUCGCGGCGUUCUCCCGGGCAGAUGAAUUUGUCCGCUGCCCCGGGUGCGAUGUGCUUGUGGAGAAACUGCCCGCGGAACCGCCACCUGGCGCGAUCCUAUCGGGCGUUCCCGAGAUCGACCGAACGGCGCCUAUGGCAGAGAGAGACGAGGAAGGGCGGGUGCUUACACGGGAAGCGAUUCUGCAUAAAGCGGGGAAUAGGUUUCGGUGUGGGGAGUGUGCGGUGGUGUUCUGUGGGGCGUGCCGUGUGCAUCCGUACCAUCUUGGGCUGUCCUGUGCUGCAUAUGCUGCCCGGCUCGCUGCCCCCAAGUGCUUGUUCUGUGGGGAGAGAGUUGAAGGGGGGAUGGGAGACUGGGCGGAGUGGGGCAGUGGGGGAGGAAGAGGAGGAGGAGGGGAAAGGGGUAGUGGAGGGGGGAGAGAUGGAUUAGAUGCACCAGCAGCAGCAGUAGCAGCAGCAGCAGCAGCAGCAGCAGCAGCAGCAGCAGCAGCAGCAGCAGCAGCAGCAGAUGGGGGCCGUGAAAGUGGCUCUGGGGCAGAGCGCAAGAGGCAACGUGAGCUUGAGGCAGCGAGGCAACUAGUCAAGCUUAUAGCUCCUGAUUGCAGCAACAGCGGUGGCAGCAGCAGCAGUAACAGCAACAGCGGCAGCAGCAGCAGCAGCAGCAGCAGCAGCAGCAACCGGUGGGCUUGGAGCGUGCGGGAGAUGCGGGAGCUGCUAGCAGCAGUGGGAGCGGACACAGACUGGUGUGUGGAGAAGUAUGACUUAGCAGCAGUGGCGGCACUGGCGGCGCGCGUGUGUGGAGAGGAGCAGUGCAGGGGGCGGCUGAGGGGAGCAUGCACGCGCACGAGUCCCUGUGGCCAUCCUUGCGGGGGCGUGCGAGGGGAGGUGCAUUGCCUGCCGUGCCUGCAGGAUCCAUGUCUUGGGAAACUCAACGCUGCUGUUGCUGCUGCUGCUGGUGCUACUGGUGCAGCGGCUGGUGUGGCAGCUGGCAGCAGCAGUGGUGCUGCUGUCAGCACCAGCCAAGUGGCCAGCAAAGCCAGUGCUGGGCACCCGUCAUCCUCCGCCGUCCCUCCUCCCCGCGUGUGGCCGCCCCUCCCCUCCGCCAGCGACUUCUGCCCCAUCUGCUGGGUGGAGCCCAUCUUUGCCGCCCCCGCCAUCCGCCUGGCGUCGUGUGGCCAUGUGGUGCACGUGGGGUGUGCGCGGGAGAAGAUCCAGCGUUCCUACCCCGGCCCUGACAUCUCCUUUGUGUUCCUCGCCUGCCCCCUCUGCCCGGCUACCACCAUGGCGCAUCCUGCACUGCAGGCGGAGCUUGCUGCGCCUCUGGGGCUGAAGCAGCAGGUGGAGGGUUUGGUGGUUGAGAGGAUGAGGGCGGAAGGGAUGGCUGGGGGUGAUGGUGGGGGUAACGGGGUGGGUGGGACGGAUGGGGGUAAUUGGGAUGGGGGGGGCAGGGAGUGGCGUGGGAUGCAUGAUAAGCAUGGUGGUGUGGAUGGGAGUAGGGAGGGGAAUGGCAGUGCUGGCAGGCGGGGAUUGCGGAGUGGGAAAGGGCAGGAUCUUGGGCGUAGGAGCGUGAAUGGGAGGGAGAGGAAUGGGAAGGGGGGUGUGGGUAGUGAUGUGAUGAUUGGGGCGCUGCGGCGGUUCCUGUUCUUUCUCUGCUCCCGCUGCCAGCAUCCAUACUUUGGUGGCGACAGGAGGUGCGGUGCCGGACCUGCUGGUGCCGAGCCCGAUGAUCAGGGUGGAUAUGGUGGGCCGGGGAUAGGUCAGGAGGGAGGAGGUAGGGAGGGAGGAGGGAAGGAAAGAGCAGGGGGGAGAGGUGGGGCGAAGCCAAAUAGAAAUGAGCUGGUAUGUGGUGAUUGUCUGGCAGCUGAAGCCUUGGCGAAGCAAAGGGAAGCUGCUGCAGCUGCUGCUGCAGCCGCAGAGAAGCAGCGGGGCAGAGAGAAAGACAAGGACAAGGGCAAAGAAAAAACAGCUGGAACCCCGGGAUUCAGUGGUGGGGAAGAUGGAAAGGAGGAGCUGUGGGAAGCUGGUCCAUGCACUGCCGAUCACAGCCGGGGUUUUGUCCAGUUCAAGUGCCGCUUCUGCUGCUCGGUCGCCUCUUAUUUCUGUUUCGGCACCACUCACUUUUGCGCCAAGUGCCAUGAGACCCGCCCCGAUUCAUCACGCUCGUCAUAUGUUGUGCCGCAAUGCACUGGUGGAGACAAAUGCCCGCUGCGCGUGACGUGGCAUCCCAGAGCUCCGGAGGAGUAUUGCCUCGGCUGUGCUUUGUGUCGGUUACCAGGAAAACGGCAGGCACGUGCGCAGGCGUGAGGGCAAGAUAGAGAUCUCAGAAAACAUGGAUAGUGGAUAGUUGAACCACUAGUGAGGUAUGGGUGAAUCAAGUGCUUUUUUGGGUUGCGGAGCAACCUAAAGCAAUCGACCAGGCAAAGAAAAAAUCAUCGUAAAUAGUAAAAUACACUAGGAAAUACCACAAAUACCAUAGAAUUGUUCUGCUAGCUUGUGUGUGUUCCGUUCAAUGUGCUAGGGAUCCGACAUAAAAAUUGGAAAUAUGU